AUGCGUCCUCUCAAACGAGCCGCACAUACGCGGCUGCCCCUGGGGUACCAGCCUGUUCGCUACCUUGCUUCGACCUCAUUACGCUCUGCAACACCCUCGGCCGAAGGAGCAUCCACGUCCCCAUCCGCGGCGGCGCCUCUGCCUUCCCUCCUGAUCGCCAACCGAGGCGAGAUCGCUCUGCGCAUCCACCGCACCGCGACGCGGAUGGGCAUUCCCACGACGACGCUCUACACAGCAGUGGAUGCAAGUGCGCAGCACGCCAAAGCCUCGCCUCGCAGCCUCGCCCUCGGCUCGUACCUCGACGGCGACCGCAUCAUUGACCUCGCCAAGAAGCACAACAUCCGUGCCCUGCACCCGGGCUACGGCUUCCUGUCGGAGAAUGCUGCCUUUGCAGAACGCUGUGCCGAGGCCGGCAUCACCUUUGUUGGCCCGCCUGGCAAGGCCAUGAACGACAUGGGCGACAAGGCCCGCAGCAAGGCCAUCAUGCUGGCCGCGGGCGUGCCCUGUGUGCCGGGCUACCACGGAACCGACCAGAGUCCCGAGCAGCUGGCUGCCCAUGCCGACGCUGUCGGCUACCCGGUCCUGCUCAAGAGUGUCCGCGGCGGCGGCGGCAAGGGCAUGCGGAUUGUCCACACGCCGGCCGACUUUGAGGCGCAGCUGCGCAGUGCACGUGCCGAGGCCAAGGCGAGCUUUGGCGAGGGCGGCGAGGUGAUGCUGGUGGAGCGAUACAUUGUGCGCCCGCGUCACGUCGAGGUGCAGGUGUUUGCUGACACGCAGGGUGGGUGCGUGGCGCUGGGCGAGCGCGACUGCAGCGUGCAGCGCCGUCACCAGAAGGUCCUGGAAGAGUCGCCGGCACCGGACCUGGACAACUCGCUGCGCCACGACCUCUGGGACAAGGCGCGCACGGCAGCUCUGGCGGUGGGGUACGUCGGUGCUGGCACGGUGGAGUUUAUUUUGGACCGAGACACGGACGAGUUCUUUUUCAUGGAGAUGAACACGCGCCUGCAGGUCGAGCACCCGGUCAGCGAGCUCGUCACGGGCACGGACCUGGUGGAGUGGCAGCUGCGCGUGGCGGCGGGCGAGCCGCUGCCCAUGACGCAGGACGAGAUCGAGGCCAAGAUCGACGCGCGGGGCCACGCCAUUGAGGCGCGCAUCUACGCCGAGAACCCCGAGAUGAACUUUAUGCCCGACUCGGGCAAGCUGGUGCAUCUGACGACGCCUCGGCCGCGGGCCAGCAACGACGAGGAGUCGGACCUGCGCAUCGACGCCGGCUUCGUGCAGGGCGACACCGUGUCCCAAGCAUACGACGGCAUGAUUGCCAAGCUGAUUGUGCGCGGCGAGGACCGCGCGCAGGCGAUCCGCAAGCUGGAGCUGGCGCUCGAGGAGUACGAGGUCGUGGGCCUGCACACGAACAUCGAGUUCCUCAAGCGGCUGUGCCGGUCCGAGGCCUUCCAGGCGGCCGACGUCGAAACGGGCUUCAUUGACAAGCACCGCGACACGCUCUUUGAGAAGCACGAGGUGGCCGAAGAGGUGUAUGUGCAGGCGGCGCUGGCCCUGUUGACGUCGGAGCAGAGCAGCUCGUCGCUGGGCGAGCCGCACGGCCAGCCGUUUGGCUUUGGUGACAUUCGCAGCGGCGGCACGUCAGAGCGCAGCUUUGCCUUUGCGGUUCUGGACGCGUAUAGCGACCGGACGGGCGACGUUGUCGAGGUGACUCUGACGCAGACGGCACGACAGCUGUACAACGCCCGCGUUUCCUGGAAGCCCGCAACCAAGCCCGUCGCCGGCGAAGGGCAGGUGUCGGGCGUCUCCACACGCGAGUUUGACGGCAUUGUGCUCGACGGCACGGCCUCUCGUCAGCCGACACCCGAGGCCACGACGACCAAGCUGACGUCGUUCUUCCCGCUGUCGCGCAUUGCGUCGACGGUGGUGCAGCAGCGCCCCGAGGGCCUGGAUGAGGGUCCCGUGCGCGUGACAGUGUUCCAGGGCGGCGCCAAGACGGACCUGGCCCUGGUGUCGCCCGGCUGGCACGCCAAGGUGCUCGGCUCGGACGCCAGCUCGGCGGCCGCGUCGGUCGUGGCGCCGAUGCCGUGCAAGAUUCUGCGCAACGAGGUGAGCGUGGGCCAGACAGUCGAGAAGGGCGCGCCGCUGGUGGUGAUUGAGUCGAUGAAGAUGGAGACGGUAAUCCGGUCGCCACAGGCGGGUGUGAUCAAGAAGCUGGCGCACAAGGAAGGCGAUAUCUGCAAGGCCGGCACGACGCUGGUGCUAUUUGAGGACCCGGAGGGUGGCGAGGACAAGGCAUAA